GGAGAACUGAGACGGCAGUCGUGGGGUCCAGGCGAGACGUCCUCGUGCUGGCUUCGGAGAGGGAAGAAGUUGAUGAGAGGCAAACUGAUCCGAGCCUGCUUUCAAGACUUAAAGACUUCCGGCAGUGCCUACUAGAUGUCUCAUCCUAUUGAUCAUGUUGACUUAUACUGUGUAAUCUGCCUCGAGUCUCAGCAACGAAGACGGAGGCCUUAAAUCUGGUUUACUUUUUGUGUAGGAGAGGAGGAAUUUUCAGUUGGCGCCUCAUCUUUGCAACUUGGUCAGUCUGGCAUAGCCUUGAAGCGGUGCACAGCCUCCCACACUUGAGGUCUGGCAGCUAUUUUAGUGCAAGCCCAAACGUGCACGUGGUCUGUGCAAAACUCCAGAUGAAGCCAGACGUGGCCUCGCUCUCUUGUCUGCUGGGUAGGAACAGGCUCAACUGCUUAGCUGCUCUCUCUAAUCAGGCUGUGUGCAAAGCCUCCUCCAUGGACAUCAUGGCCAUAGUGCAGACCCUGCCGAUUUCCAUUGAGUCUGCCUCUGAAGGGGCUAGCCAGCUCCACACAGGUGCCUGCUCACCUCCUGCAGCAAUGGGCAGUGUUAGUAGCCUCAUCUCAGGCAGGCCUUGCCACAAGGCCACAGCAGAGUUUGGCCCCUUCCGUCUGCCUGGAAGUGGUGGCUCCCAAGAGCCCCUGUGCCAUGGACUCCCUACCAAGAAAGUCAGCUACGCUUAUGGUAGUGAAGAGGACUGGGCUGAAGACGUGUCUCCUAUAAGCCCCUGUAGUGACACUGAGGAUCUGCAGGAUGACAAGCCCCAGGUUGGCACCAUCCGUGGACCUCCCCCCAAGCUGGUGCCUGUUUCUGGAAAACUCGAGAAGAACAUGGAAAAGACGCUAAUCCGGCCGACUGCCUUCAAGCCUGUCAUGCCGAAGAACCGCAAUCCCCCAACACAGGGGCACUUGGCGCUGCGCCCUGGUACCUCUGUGCUGUCUGAGAGCCAAGCUAGCCUUGCUCAGCUCUUUGGCGGCUCCUCCACAGGGACUACUGAGAAACACAACUCCCUGAGCUGCCGCACAAGCUCCCAUUCAGGAACCAUGUCUGACUCGGGACGCAACUCCCUCUCAAGUCUGCCCACGUACAGCACUGGUUGCAGCCAACAAAUGGAACCAGUCAAUAUCUCCAUGGGCCACAUAAACCUCGACAAUCAUGGCAGUAGCAGUUCACGGGGCCUUGCCGGUCCUUCAAACUCAGACAGUGGCCGGUCGUCAUCAAGCAAGAGCACGGGCUCUCUGAGUGGCCGUGGGCAUCCUUCCUCUGAUAGCGGCUCAUGUGGUGGUCGUUCACCUGUGCACAGUGGUGCUGAUGAAGCUCUACUUGUUCAUGAACUUGAGGAGAAGCUGCGAGAACGAGAAGUUGAACUACAGCAUUUGAGAGAGAGCUUGGAUGAGAAUGAGGUGGCCAUUUGUCAGGUGUAUGAGGAAAAGCAGAGGCGCUGUGAGGAGGAGAUGGAAGAGCUGCGGCAGGACUACACCGUCAAGCUCCAGCAGGCAGCACAAAAAGCACAGCGCAGCCAGCAGGUGCUGCAGCUCCAAAUCUUCCAGCUGCAGCAGGAGAAGAAAAAACUUCAGGAAGAUUUUGCACAGCUGCUGGCAGAGCGCGAGUUGCUGGAGAAACGGUGUGCUUCCUUUGAGCGAGAACACACAGAGUUGGGGCCACGGUUGGAAGAGACCAAAUGGGAGGUAUGCCAGAAGUCAGGUGAGAUCUCACUACUAAAACAGCAGCUGAAGGAGUCCCAGGCAGAGGUGGUCCAGCGUGGUAACGAGCUGGUGCUAUUAAGGGCUCAGCUGAGGGAAGCACGGGCUGAACUGCAGGCUAGUGAAGAGCAGAUGCUGGGGUUGCAGGAGAUGGCCCGCACCAAGGCUCUGGAGCUGGAAGUCUGUGCCAAUGAGCUGGCAAGGCGCAAGAGCGAAGCAGAUCUACUGCGUGAGAAGUUAGGGCGUUUGGAGCGUGAGCUGGAUGGACUGCGUAGUGCCACUGGAGACCUCUGUCCCCUGUUGUCUGAGUGCGAUGAAGCAAAAGCCCAGCGGCAGGCGGCAGACACCCUGCACGGUUUGCGUGCUCAGGCUGAACGGCUGCGUACAGAGCUGCUUUGCGAGCGGCGGCGUGGGGAGGAGCAACGUGAGGCUUUCCACUCCGAGCGGAUUACCUGGCAGAGCGAAAAGGACCGGGUCAUCCGUUAUCAGAAGCAGUUGCAGCACAAUUAUAUCCAGAUGUACCAGCACAACCGUGACUUGGAACGCCAGCUGCGCCACCUCAGCCUAGAACUCGAGGCCCGGGACAUGGAUGAAUAUGAGAUGCACGAUGGAGAAGGAAUUUGCUUUGAGGAGAUUGCCGCUACUGAGAUCUGAGCGUGCCUGGUGGAGGCCUAGUAAAAGGGCCAUUUUGUCAAAAAGAGAUUCUGACCACGGAAAUUGGAGCAUGCUCAGUAGGGGCCCCAUCUGUACUGGAGAACUAAAAAUGGAGUCCAGUGGUGGAGGGAAUUACCUACUGUACAAGCACAGUCAUGAGUCUCAGUAGGUUCCAUCACAUAACAUGAUUGAGGACCCAGUAUGAGAGUACCCUGUCCAGCUCAAAAACAUUCACUGCCAUUGAGAUGUGCCUAGAGCCAAUAGGCAGCUCAGGUUGCUCCAUGGGAGCAGGGGACCUGACAAAAGCUAUACUCCUCUUCCUGUCCCUGUAAGGAAGGAAGGUAGCAGCAGCAGCACUGUUCCUCUUGUGCUAUGCAUACUUUGGGAAGCAGCACGUGAAAGCUGUUGCGCUGCAGGUCACAAUUGCUACUUGUUCUCCCGCAAGGAUGCUGGCUGGUGUGGUGGCGCACAUCAUCGCUCGCCUCCUAUCCAUGGUCUGGAGAUAGGCUUGUGGCAGGAUGGGUGGGAUGGCUGAGUGGGGAGGCCAUUGAUUGGCCCUCUGCAUUUAUGAAGUGACCCAAUUGACCCCUUCUCCCAUCUCCAUUGGCUGGCCAUUAAGCAGAACUGACUGUGUGUUAAUGGACAGUUAGCUGCUGAUCCACUUAGAUGAUGGGAGGGAAUUAGCAUGACCUGCCUUGAGGCCUGCUGGUUUGAGAAUAUUUUUUUUAAAAAAAACCUGGAUGCUGUUCUCUGAUCUUCAGUCCGGCCCUGUACCAAACGAUUUGAAAAACUCAGAAAAGCUGGAUUCUAUAUGCCAUGUAGGUUAUACAAAUAAAGCAGGUUUCCAUAUACCUGAUCAUUUUGCGUAUUUAGUACAGCUUCCAGACACUGGAUUGAAUCCAGACUAAAUUUUCCACUGAUGGAGGUGGAGGUAUAAUUUCUGCCCAUUUCCUCUUCCCACUUCAGACCCUCAGUUCAUAAGCAGACUGGCCAAGUCACCUGGAGCAUUCCCAGCGGGCCACUCCCCUGGGUUGAGCCAACCCAGUGGCAGCAGGGCAGCACUCGGCCCUUUCUAAUCUGGCCCUUUCAAAUCUCGUGAAGUGAGCGGGAGCCUGGUCCACCUAAGCCUCAUGCAAUGAGGGGAAAUCAAGCUGCCCCUUCCCCUUCUGGGUGCAUCUUGGCAGGGGCAGGGCAGGCAGGCUGCUUUUCCCUUCCUCCCUGGAGGAGUAGAGCAAGGCCGGUCUCAGUUCAGGCAUCUUCUAGGGCCAUUUCCCCUUCCCACUCUGCUCCUGCCUCAUUUGGCCCCUUAAGGGUGCCCUGUUCGCCAGCAAAAGUGUUUUGUGGAACCAGUGGACUGCAGUGAGAGGCAGGGAGGCAAGAAAGUUCUGUUUGACCGAUGGAAGUGCCUUCUGUUUGCAGAAAAUUUAGUUUGGAUCCAACCUAAUCAUUGUGAAGUAUGAGAUGCUUUUCAGGCUGCUGAAUCUUCUCUCCCCCCCACCCCCCAAUAGAAAAUCUAUUGGAAAUGUGGGCAAAUCCUGAAUCUUCACAAGUACCUUCACUGCCAGAAGGCCAGGAAAUGAAAGUACCAGAAUGGAUUCUCAAAUUCUGUGUUGUGUGUGUCCCCAAUGCUUGUGUGCAAUGUCAGAAUGAAGUUCUGGACUCCCCUGCCCUGAGCAAAUAUGGGCUGAAAUUCCUGAGAGCAUUUCCAAAAAGGCUAAAAGCCAAACCCAUCUGGACCUGCAUGGUAGAUUCUGACAUAUGCUUUUCCUUUAGGGGACUUGUGCUGCUUCAUCACUGUGCAAUUUCGUGUGCAAGGGGACUGUGCUCACUGUGCAAUUUCCACACACACUCACAGCCUCCCUAAUUUUCUGCUCCACUCCCACAUCACUGAUUUUCCCCAAAGGAUUAUUUUUAUAAGAUCUACCCAAACAUUUGAACUACAACUAUGUGCAGGUGCUUGCCUUGAUUCCUGGGGGUUGGAAUGUUCCCAUACUGUUGAGUCGGCUGAGACUCUUGCCAGGACUUUGUGCUGUUUGCCAGUUCCACCUGUGUGGAUUCCUUUCUGCGUGGGGCCAGGGAAUAUACCCAUGCUUGUUUAGGAAACUAUAUGAGAGUGCCUUUCCCUUUACUGCCUGCAUCUUUUCCCGCUGCCAGCUCCACAGUUGUUUGAGUUGAGGUCCAGUGGUCCCAAGUGUUUUAAGUUCCCUUCUUAUGUUACCUGUAUUGCUUUCCUCUCAGGGUUGUUUGUCAGAGUGCCCUGCCUGAGAGUGGAUGCUGGCCUCCUUUUCCUUGGAAUGAUGUAGGAUAAGCUGGUGUUCCCAGAAAUCCCAGUCUCCAGUUUCCUUCUAUAACUGAGCUCCAUACCAAAUCUUGUUUGGUUAUUCUGAGUACCAGGUUCCUGUGUUUCAGUCCUUCCUGGUUUCCACUGGGUGUUGUUCUGCUCUUGGGCUUUAUUUCUGCUUGAUCUGAACAAUUGAACACCAGAGUGCACCUGAGUACACAGCAUCUUUUUUAAAAGCCUGACAGUUCAUCUAUACCCGAACCAGAUUCACUGGCUGUUUUUGGCUGUGGAGAAAGUCCAGGCUUAUAGCUCAUUCCCCUGCCUUGACCUUGGAGUGAUCAGUCACCUUCUUUGCAGGACUCAUCUUCAGAGAACAGCAUUCCUGUUGGUGGAGAGGGAAGAUAACCUUUAUCCUCCUCUACUGCCUAACUAUGGGGUACUGAUGCCUGCAGGCUGCUUGAUAGGUGUUGUGAGAAGUUUUGAGCUGAUGUUCUUCUUCUUACCCUGUCAAGACUCUGUCUUCUGAGGUGGGGGGAAUGCCUUUUCCAGAGGGCAUGAAGAAGCAGCCCAGUACUCCAUAAGGACCAAAAUGUACUCUGUUGGAGAAGUGUACCCUUUUUCCUCAGGCUGACUAAAUAAGGAAAAUGCAUAUAUAUCCCUAUAGUUACCAAGAAGUUUGACAGUAGAAGUUUGACAGUAGAACCCAGUACACCUGAACCUUGGGGCCAUGGAAUGGGAUUGAGUUGUUCACCUAUCCACCCCAUACAAGAAACAGUAGAGAGCUAUGCAAAUAUUGCUUUGAGUGUCCGUGAUAUCUCACCUUGCACCAUGUCCCUCCAGCUGUGUUUCUAUAUAUACAUGAAUGCUUUAUGUGCCCACUGUGUCAAGUUGGCUAAAUGUCAUCAGCCCAUUGCCUGUGCCAAUGUAAACAGGGAAACCUCUCCUACAGUGGCAGUGUGCUGAAUGCAGCCGGAGCCCCACAUAUCUGGGCAUCUUGUUUACACCAUUCUGGGAAUACCAUCAUCAGUUCUGGGGUAUUUGCCACAUUGGGUUAACUUUAGCUUUACAACCUCCUCUUUCUCUGCAUGCAUUAGACUCGAGAUGUUGAUGGACGGGGGUGGUCAGAAGGGCGUGUCGUUAAUGUACCUCUAACCUGCUUGCCAGGGAUCUUCCAUGUUAAUUUAGGAGAUUUUGUGCAUUCCGUGCGAAGAGGCAAUCCUCACCCACUUCCACCCCAGCCAUUUUUGUGCCCUGCUGCCCACAGCUUAUGGAGAAUGUAGGUUGCCGGGGGUGGCGGGGGGCACACAUCACUAGACCAAAGGAAAAAACUUGGUGUGUGUCAUUUCUGUGACUGUUGCUGACCUGUCCUUCCACCUUUCCCUCACUACCCCCAAGUUCUGGCACCACUUUGUGUUUCUUUUUAUUUUCUGAAAUUGUAUAUUUUUCAAGCUGUGUAAAUUUCUUGUACAAACCAAAAGAAGGUAUGAAUUAAAAAAGAAAAAAAGA